AUGACGGACGCCUUAGCUUCACAGCUAAACAAAACUUCUCUCAACGACGCACAAGAUGACGCCAACUGGAAAAACUCCCUCAAACUCCCCGCCAAAGACCAAAGACAACAAACCGAAGAUGUCCUAGCGACAAAAGGCCUCGAGUUCGAGGACUUCUACAUCAAGCGAGAGCUCAUGAUGGGCAUUUUCGAAGCUGGUUUUGAGAAGCCCUCCCCUAUUCAAGAAGAGACCAUCCCUGUAGCCCUCACAGGCAGAGACAUACUCGCAAGAGCAAAAAACGGAACCGGCAAAACCGCCGCCUUUGUCAUUCCCACUCUCGAAAGAAUCAACCCCAAAAACCCCAAAACUCAGGCACUCAUCCUUGUCCCUACUCGAGAACUCGCUCUUCAGACAUCACAAGUCUGCAAAUUGCUCGGAAAACAUCUGGGUAUCAAUGUCAUGGUCACCACUGGUGGUACUGGUUUGAAAGACGACAUUAUCCGUCUGGGGGAGACAGUACACAUCAUUGUCGGUACCCCCGGCAGAAUUCUGGACCUCGCUAGCAAGGGCGUCGCUGAUCUAUCCGAAUGUCCCAUAUUUGUCAUGGACGAAGCUGACAAGCUCCUCUCCCCCGAAUUCACCGUCGUCGUUGAGCAGUUACUUUCCUUCCACCCCAAAGAUCGACAGGUUAUGCUGUUUAGUGCGACCUUCCCCAUGAUUGUCAAGUCAUUCAAGGACAAGCACAUGCGCAACCCAUAUGAGAUCAACUUGAUGGACGAGUUGACCCUGCGCGGUAUUACCCAAUAUUAUGCCUUUGUUGAAGAAAAACAAAAGGUCCACUGUCUCAACACUCUGUUCUCCAAGCUACAAAUUAAUCAAUCCAUCAUCUUCUGCAACUCGACCAAUCGUGUCGAGCUUUUGGCCAAGAAAAUCACCGAGCUUGGCUAUUCCUGCUUCUACUCCCAUGCCAAAAUGUUGCAACAAAAUCGAAACAAGGUCUUCCACGAUUUUAGAGCUGGUGUCUCUCGAAAUCUCGUCUGCUCCGAUCUUCUCACUCGUGGUAUUGACAUUCAAGCCGUCAAUGUGGUCAUCAACUUUGAUUUCCCCAAGAAUGCCGAGACCUAUCUCCAUCGUAUCGGCCGUUCAGGUCGGUUUGGCCAUCUCGGGUUGGCCAUCAACUUGAUCAACUGGGAUGAUCGCUUCAAUCUCUACAAGAUUGAGCAGGAGUUGGGUACGGAAAUCCAGCCCAUUCCCCCUUCCAUCGACAAGAGUCUUUAUGUUUAUGACAACCCCGAGAACAUCCCUCGAUCAAUGCCUCCUCCAGCGCAGCCGUCCAAAUCAGUCCUACCCAACGCCUCAAGUGGCCCGGCUGCCGUUCCUUCGUCAGCAGGUCAAAAUGGUCAGGCUCAAGGCCAAAAUCGCAGACCCCAAAACUAUUCAAAUGGAUAUGGACAACAAUACAACAAUCAAGGCAGAGGUGGAUUCAGAGGACGCGGCCGUGGUCAAGGCCAACGCGGUCGUGGAGGUCAUGCUCAACAGGCAACAACACCUAUUCAAAACGCCCAGUAG